GUGCUCACCUGGUUACAGAGCUGUUGGGGUACCUGGGUGCGGAUAGCUCUGCUGCUCGGGCAAGCUUGGGAAGAUGGGCACUUCAACAUCCCUCUCUGUUGCAGAUCUGUUUGUUUGUACACAUCUAUUUUUGUAAGAUUCCCCUACAUUAGGUUGCAUGGUUGGACCCUGGAAAUGGGAUGUCAGUCCCAUUCAGGGAGCAUAAAGGAAGAAGGAGGAUCUCCCAGUUGCUGCUGCUGUGACAGCGAGUGAGAGCACGGCACGAAGAUGUCGGCAGUCACUUCAGCAAUUCAGGCUCCUCAGGGCCCUGUGAAUCCACCACCUCCAGAGGUCACUAAUCCUAAUAAGCCUGGCCGGAAGACCAACCAAUUGCAAUAUAUGCAAAAUGUUGUUGUAAAGACCUUAUGGAAGCAUCAGUUUGCUUGGCCUUUCUACCAACCUGUUGAUGCAAUUAAAUUGAAUUUACCGGAUUAUCACAAAAUAAUAAAAAACCCUAUGGACAUGGGGACUAUCAAGAAACGCCUGGAACAUAACUAUUACUGGAGUGCCAGUGAAUGUAUGCAGGACUUCAACACCAUGUUUACAAACUGUUACAUCUACAACAAGCCCACAGAUGACAUCGUCCUUAUGGCCCAAGCCCUCGAGAAGAUAUUUCUGCAGAAGGUUGCCCAGAUGCCUCAGGAGGAAGUUGAAUUAUUACCCCCAGUUCCUAAAGGCAAAGGUCGUAAACCGUCAGUGGGCACACAGAGCACAGGAGCACAGCAGGCAGUGGCCGUGUCUUCUGUCUCCCCGCCGGCCCCGUUCCAGAGCGUCCCUCCAGCCGUGUCUCAGACGCCCGUCAUCGCUGCCACCCCUGUGCCAACCAUCACUGCUAAUGUCCCACCUGUCACUGCCCCACCUGCCGCUGCUCCCCCUCCUCCUGCAGCUCCGAUAAUGCCCGUGGUUCCUCCUACGCCGCCAGUAGUGAAGAAGAAAGGAGUGAAGCGGAAAGCAGACACGACCACCCCCACCACCUCUGUGAUCACUGCCAGCCGGAGCGAAUCCCCCACGCCCCUCUCAGACCCCAAACAGGCCAAAAUCAUCGCUCGACGGGAGAGCGGCGGCCGGCCCAUCAAACCACCAAAGAAAGACCUUGAGGACGGAGAGGUCCCCCAGCAUGCAGGGAAGAAGGGCAAACUGUCUGAGCACCUCAAGUACUGUGACAGCAUUCUCAAAGAGAUGCUUUCAAAGAAGCAUGCAGCCUAUGCGUGGCCCUUCUACAAGCCUGUUGAUGCAGAGGCCUUGGAAUUACAUGACUAUCACGAUAUUAUCAAACACCCCAUGGAUCUCAGUACUGUUAAAAAAAAGAUGGACAGUCGGGAAUACCAGGACGCACAAGGUUUUGCAGCAGAUAUUCGGUUAAUGUUCUCUAAUUGUUACAAGUACAAUCCUCCAGACCAUGAAGUGGUAGCCAUGGCCAGGAAGCUCCAGGACGUCUUUGAAAUGAGAUUUGCAAAGAUGCCUGAUGAGCCUGCAGAAGCCCCUCCUCCUCCUCCUCCAACAGCACCAGUUGUGAGCAAAAGCACAGAGAGCAGUCACAGCAGUGAGGAGAGCUCUUCUGACUCAGAUAGCUCAGACUCAGAAGAAGAGCGAGCGACUCGGCUGGCAGAGCUCCAGGAGCAGCUAAAGGCAGUCCAUGAGCAGCUCGCUGCGUUGUCACAAGCACCAGUGAACAAACCAAAGAAAAAAAAAGAGAAGAAGGAAAAGGAGAAGAAAAAGAAAGACAAAGAGAAGGAAAAGGAGAAGCACAAAGUAAAAGCUGAGGAGGAGAAGAAGCCUAAGGUGGCUCAACCACCGAAGCAAGCCCAGCAGAAGAAAGCCCCAGCUAAAAAGGCAAACAGCACGACCACAGCUAGCAGGCAGCCCAAGAAAGGAGGAAAACAGGCGUCUGCAACCUAUGAUUCGGAUGAGGAGGAGGAAGGCCUGCCCAUGACCUAUGAUGAGAAACGACAGCUCAGCUUGGACAUCAACCGUUUGCCUGGGGAGAAGCUGGGCCGAGUGGUGCACAUCAUCCAGUCGCGAGAACCUUCCCUCAGGGACUCCAAUCCCGAUGAGAUUGAAAUUGACUUUGAGACCUUAAAACCCUCCACGUUGCGAGAGCUGGAGAGAUACGUGAAAUCUUGUUUACAGAAAAAGCAAAGGAAACCAUUUUCUGCAAGUGGAAAAAAGCAAGCGGCGAAGUCUAAAGAGGAGUUAGCUCAGGAAAAGAAGAAAGAACUAGAGAAACGGCUACAGGAUGUCAGUGGGCAGUUAAACAACAACAAGAAACCUGCAAAGAAAGACAAAUCUGGCUCUGCUCCCUCUGGGGGCCCAUCCCGGCUCAGCAGCAGCAGCUCCUCCGAGUCAGGCAGCAGCAGCUCCAGCGGCUCCAGCUCAGACAGCAGCGAUUCAGAAUGAGCUACGGACACUUACACAAAGCACAGAAUGGACAUCACCCUCACCGAUGCUCUGCAGUGUCCCUUUCUCUCCUUAAAGUACUGCUCUUGUUCCACGGUGGUCAGGUGUUUUGUUUGUUUUACUUCCUCUCUGACUUCUUUUGCUUUUUAAUUCAGUGUUACAAAAAGUAUCUUCCAUUUUUUCAGGGGGCGCUCUUUGUUUGUUUUUUAAUGAAUAGGUCGAAGAUCUUUGCAUGUGUGCGAUUAGACUUUAUGCAAAGGGAACUGUUUGCCAUAAAGUCUCUAAAAUACAUUUUUUAACUGAAGAAAUCUGGUUGAAAAUGGAAGAACUUGGAACUCUUUGCAGGAGACGACCAAUAGGUUCCUGCAGAGCUUAUAGUAUGUCUCCCUUCUGCCCCUUUCUCCUCCCUGAAUUGUUCUCUUUUAAUAAGCCCACCUGGCUCACACGAGGUAUAAGGAAAAAUCUCUUUGAAGAAAUCUGUAACAUGGUACUGUAUCUAAAAGGUGUUAGCUUCGAAACUAGGUGGUGUAUUUGUUUCUUAGCACUAGUGUUCUUAACCUCCAAGUCUACGGCGUGAUGAAAAUGUCAGAUGCUGUCAUCUUUAAUGUAAAAGCAGAAGAAACAGAAAGAAAUCUAACAUACUGUGGAUUGCUAACACUUUUGGUAAUGGUGGUGGAGGCACAGGCACCUGUCCAGGAAGGUAUUUAAGCAUGAAUUUGAUUGGAAGCACACGAGCGAUAGAAAUAUUUCUAUGUGUAAUUUCUAGCGCUCCUCAUUUCCUUUUUCUCUUGGCAAUACAUGGGUAAGAAGGGAGCAAAGGAUACUCGAGUUUCUUGGGAAUGUUAUUUUUAACAUCCAAUAGAUAAUUUCUAGGAAAGUUCGUGCUUGAAUUGAAAACAGCUCCUGGCUGCAAGUACUCAGCUGGGCCUCAAGGGGUGCUCCCUGCAGAGUGACCAAGUCGAGCCAUGUGCUCAUUAUUAGACACAUGCUUAAGUACUUUCUCCAUGACAAGCACCUCAGUCUGGGCUUAAAAUAAAAGAGCACUCGAGCUCCAGCUGAGGCUGAGCUGGCAGGGGACUCAGAGAGGGAUGUUGGUUGUGUGUUUUGUUGGUUGUUUUUGCUUUCGUUUGUUUCUUUCCCACCCCUUUAUCUUUGUAUCUGCAAUGAGCUCCUAGAAAGGGAAUGCUACUUCUGUGUCAUGCAGGGUGCAGGUUACCAGAUCCUGAAGUGUUUACCUCAAUUAUAGUAAUAAGGGAAAAAAAAAAAGGGGGGGGGGGAGGGAAGGGAGGGGAGGGUAAGGAUGAGGGGAAGGCAGUUUUUUAAGGCUAGCAAUUUCUUACGAGUCAGCCUAAUGUUUUCACCUGCACUGCUGCAAUACACUCCGUUUUUCUCUGUCUCACGUGUAUAUAUAAGUACUUUAUUUAUUAAACACAUUUGGUCAUUUUAAACUCACUUAAAAAAAAAAAAAAAGACCAGCAGAAAUGCAGACUUUUAAUAUGGUUCAAACCAGAUUUAAUAAGAAAAGAACACAGAGAUGUUAUUUAAAUACGCUGGACUUUAUACCUCCAGGUGCUGCGGUCCAGUCUGUUGUGUGUCUGGUGCUCUGUCAUGUCCUGUGUGUUCACUUUUGGGGUUAUGUUUUCUGUCCUCUCUCUUUUCAACCCAGCCCCUUCUUUCUUGUAUUGUACAGAUUUUGAAGACCUACAGGUAGAUGUAAUUUCUUAAUGGAACACCUUAAUUGUUGUCUGUAUUAUUUCCACGUGUCUUUCCCCUUCUCCAUUUUAUUUUAUUUUUUGGUGAAACAGUGUUGAUUUUUUUUCAUUUUAUAAUCCAGUUUUAGGAAAAAAAAAACAGCAGUUCUGUAACUAUAUAAAGUUUGUAAUCUGAGGGGCAGAAAUUUAUUGUAAAUUCUUAACUUUUUAGCUUUUUAUUGUAAAGAAAAUAUACAGAGUUUAACAGAAAGUUACGCCUUUCCUUCUCCCACUACCAGCCCCUACGGCUGCAUCUCUGCUGUGGGUCAGCCCUAUAACUCACCCUGCUGAGCCUCUCCAGUGGUGCAGGUUUAUUUCUCACACAGGUGAGUGGCUGUCGGUCACUCUGUGCCCAUUGAAGUCUUGCUGGCUGUAUCCAGAAGGGUUCUACCACUGGAUGCCAUUCCGAUCCCACAGCUGGCAUGGCUCUUUGUACAGUGACAAUAACACACACUCUGGAGUUUGCUGUAGAAAGGAGCUGCCAUUUUCAGCUGUGAGUUGAGGGAAGCUCUGCUGCUGAGAGCAUCCUUGUGUCAUUGUGCUGGUGCUGGGCCCAUGGGCAGGAGCCCUGCAGGUCUUUGCAGGUGGAGUUUCCUUUGUGUUGGGAUCAGAUGAGCUGUAGGGUGCUCCGAUUCUUACUGAAAUGAAUGAUUUUUUUCCUUCUCCAUUAACAAUAAAGUUAUUUUUAGUUGCUAUAAUUUUUUUUUCUCAUUCCGCCCUUACAAAAAUAUCUUCUUCUAGAUGGAUACUUAGUAAUAUAUUUUCAGAGUCAACUAUGAGGAGAUGUAAUAUACACCUAAUUAAGAGCUUAGUUGUUUGCUUUAAUAAUGGGCUUGGUUUCCAUCUGCAUUUCACCUCGUAUCUAAGAUGUGCAUUAUCAAAACUAACCAGUAUUUUAAUUGAAGUAAUUGCAACCACUUCAGGUACCACGACAGCAUGGAUAAACAGGCUCCUGGUUUUCCCUGUUGAAAUCCUUUCUAUGUGUAUUAACUAGAGCUCCACUAUGGAUGUGAGGUUCCUAUUCAGAGAGCAGCCCACAGGUGGUGCUUUGGGCUUCCACCGAGUGGGAAGCUUUCAUGGCAAUGAAGAUGUUUCCCAUCAAAUGGCAGCUUGCAGGAGAAAUCCAUCCUGGCACAACCUUUGUUUCAGGAAGGAAAAACAAAUGGUGACUUCUUAAGAGCAAAAUGUUGCUCUCAGGAUUUCUUCUGCUUUCAUAUUGUUUGUAGCACUGCUUUGUCUCCCAGCGUGUCAUUGGUGAUGCUUCUGUAUCUGCAGGUCAGGGGGUCUCCAGGAAAGAUGUGUUUGCAGUCCAUAGUAAGUAGCAGCUGCCCUUUAUUGAGUUGGAAACUGCAAGAGUAGAGCAUUUAUUGGAGCUGGUACGGCAUGACAUGCCAGGAGGAGGUCAGUGUGAUUUCAUAGGUACACGUAUAUAGUUUCAUUGAAACCAGUUUUUCUGACAGGUUCCCUUUCUGAGCAGACUCGGUACCCAUCAACCAGCAUUACUACACCUUUAAAACCUGGGUUGAGCUUCCUCUGAUGAUCAGAUCAGCCUGUUUUUGGGCAGCCCCAUCAGAUGCAGCCUCAGUGGGCCCAGACUGACACCUUGGGGCUCAGCCCUGCUUUGUUUUAUACCAAGGACAUCUGUUGGGUACAGCGCAGCUUUCUGCUGACCAAACCUUGUCUGUACAGAGAAUCACUUUUGUACUGCUGUGAUUCCAAGCUUUUCUACCUUACAGGGUUUUGUAGCUGCAGAGCUGAUGUUUCAGGGCUCUGUGACUGUUGGUUGUGUGUAACAGAUGCACACACCCCCCAUCCACAGGCACACGUGUGUGUAUGUAUAUAUACAGGUUAGUUACCAGCGAGGUCCUUUCCAUGUGCUGUGUGAUAGAAGCAGUCUGCAGUGACCUCAUUAGUUCUUCAUUUUGGGGACUCUUUAGACCAGUUGUGAUUUUAGUUUUUCCUUGCUUUGAAAGGAAGGAUGUUUUAAAGCUGGGGUUGGGGCACAGCAAUGAGAAACCACUGCCUUUUUGUGGGGUGGGGAGGGGGUUGAGGGACUAUCAGAUCUAUUCCAACACAUGGGCAGCUCCCACUGGGGCUGACUGCAGGCAGGUGCUGCAGAUAAAGCUGGGCUGUGAGGGUUCAUUCCACAAGCAGCAUCUUCUCAUAAAAAACAACAGGGUGUGGGGUUUUUUUUUACAUAAGAAAACAGCCUUUGCAUCUCUUUUUAAAUGGCAUUUUUCAAAGGGAAAGAAAAGAAACCAGCAGCUCUUUUGGGGGGGGGGGGUUGGCACCACUGGGGGCUCAUCCCUGCUAUUGGCAUCACCCAUCUGCAAAGAUUCACUGUUUGCAUUUUUCCUUUAUAUCUCCCUUUUUAUUUUUGAAUAUUUAAGAACAAAAAGCUGUUACUUUUCUGUAUGAUGUGCAUGCAAAUUUACCGUAACUCUCUCUCUCUUUCUUACGACUUUUUAGUGCCAUUUCUAGUAUAUUCCUGUAAAUGUCAGUUACUGAAGAGAGGAAAAGAGAAGUCAGUGUAAGUAGUUUAGCUUGUUUAUUGCAAAUUGCUGGCCUCAAACACAACAGAAAUGGAAUGAAGACAGGAGUUAGGAAGUAAUCUUUGAUGUUACUGGUGAUGGACCCUUGUCCCGGGGCAUCUGUUUUGUUUUCAUAAUAAAAAGACAAAUAGU